AUGGGUUGCAUUUGUUCGAAAGGAAUUUCUGGAAAGAGUCAUGUUAAAAGGAAAAGUUCAAAAAAAUCAGCAAAACGUGCAAUUGCUUCCUCAAGAAAAGAGGAAGUUGUAGUGGAGGUUGACGGUGGUGCCAAUGAUGCAACCACCAGGCUUAUAUCAAUGGAGCCCAUUGAAAAGAGUGCAGGCUCCACUCCCCCGGAGGCCCGGAUUGAGGGGGAAAAGAAGGCUGUGGUUGUGGAGAAAACCGCAGCAUCUCAGAUUCAAAGAAGUGCAACAAUGGAUAUUGGGAUGAGUGGAGGACAACCCCAGGUGUCUAGGGUGUUUAGUAUUCGCAAUGGGGUUGAUGGGGCACAAGUAGUUGCUGGUUGGCCAUCUUGGUUGACUGCAGUAGCAGGGGAAGCUAUCAAAGGUUGGGUGCCCCGAAAGGCAGAUUCGUUUGAGAAGUUGGACAAGAUUGGACAAGGGACUUACAGUAGUGUCUACAGAGCACGCGACCUUGAAACUGGAAAAAUAGUUGCACUGAAGAAAGUGCGCUUUGCUAACAUGGAUCCAGAAAGUGUUCGUUUUAUGGCAAGGGAAAUCCUUAUUCUGCGUCGGCUGGAUCACCCAAAUGUCAUGAAGCUUGAAGGUCUCGUCACUUCAAGGGUUUCGGGCAAUUUAUACCUUGUAUUUGAGUACAUGGAGCAUGAUCUUGCUGGGCUUGCAGCAUCACCGUCGAUUAAGUUUACUGAAUCACAGAUCAAAUGUUACAUGCAGCAGCUGCUACGUGGACUUGAACACUGUCAUAGUUGUGGGGUCCUGCACCGUGACAUCAAGGGCUCAAACCUUCUGAUUGACAACUACGGAAAUCUCAAGAUUGGUGAUUUUGGCCUGGCAACAUUUUUCCGGACCAAUCAAAAGCAGCCUCUAACAAGUCGCGUAGUUACCUUGUGGUAUCGACCUCCCGAGCUUUUGCUUGGCGCUACAGAUUAUGGAGUAGCUGUUGAUCUGUGGAGUGCUGGUUGCAUUCUUGCAGAAUUAUAUGCGGGGAAGCCUAUCAUGCCUGGAAGGACAGAGGUGGAACAACUGCAUAAAAUUUUCAAACUUUGUGGUUCACCAUCUGAAGAGUACUGGAAAAAAUCAAAAUUGCCACAUGCGACUAUUUUCAAACCUCAACAACCUUACAAACGCUGUGUUCUAGAAACAUUCAAGGGCUUCCCUUCUUCGGCUUUAGCACUUUUGGAUGUCCUCCUUGCAGUUGAACCAGAUAACCGGGAUCAACUACUUCUGCACUUCAAAUUCUUCACGACAAAGCCUCUUCCCUGUGACCCCUCGAGCUUGCCCAAGUACCCACCAAGCAAGGAAUUUGAUGCCAAGCUUCGAGAUGAGGAAGCAAGAAG